UGUAUUUAUCAUAAAUUUUUUGCAAUUAGAAUACGACGGAUAUAUAAAAUAUUGAAUUUGUAGCGACAAACUUUUUAUUUCCGGUGGUUAAAACCACCUUUAAACAAAAUUCCUUUAGUUGAUAGAAAUAAAAAAAUGCAAUAAUUUUUUUUUACAAGAAAUGAACGAAAAAGUUCCUGUAAUGAAAAUAUAAUUAUAAGGCACAACAUUCCAUAACUGACGAAACAGAAACAUUCCAAAAUGUUGCACAAAUUUUAAAUGUAAAUUAUACACAAAUAGCAAAUAGUUUUCCAAUAAAAAGCAGUCUAAAACGUCCGUCCAUCAUUUCAAAUACUUUUUAAAUAGAAAAGAAAAAAGUGUUUCAGCUCGUACAUUGUAGUACCAAUCAAGAAAAACACUUUGAUACAUUUUCCUCAGUAAAGUGUUUAAUAAUAUUCCCAUAUAAUGUCUGCCGCACCCGUUGAGAAGUCUAAGCGUCUGGGACGUUGGUAUUUCGGAGGUUUGGCUAGCGCUGGCGCUGCCUGUUGUACCCAUCCCCUUGACUUGAUCAAAGUCACCCUACAAACCCAACAGGGAAAAUUGUCCGUUGUACAAUUGACAGCCAAGGUAGUGCGGGAGCAGGGUGUGCUUGCUCUGUACAAUGGUUUGUCUGCAUCUGUGUUGCGUCAAAUGACCUAUUCCAUGACUCGUUUUGGUAUUUAUGAAGCUGGAAAGCCCUACAUUAACACCGAUACUUUCCUCGGCAAAAUCACUUUGGCCGGUUUGGCGGGUACAUUUGGUGGUAUUGUGGGUACUCCCGCUGACAUGGUUAAUGUACGUAUGCAAAACGACGUUAAAUUGCCCCCAGAACAGAGAAGAAAUUACAAGAAUGCUAUGGAUGGUCUUAUCAAAGUAUACCGCCAGGAAGGUUUCAAACGUUUGUUCUCAGGAGCUACUACUGCCACUGGUAGAGGUGUUUUAAUGACAAUUGGUCAAGUUGCUUUCUAUGAUCAGAUUAAAACAAUGUUAUUGGAAACUCCUCACUUUGACGAUAACUUGAUAACCCAUUUUACAGCUUCUUUGGCUGCCGGUGCUAUUGCCACAACUUUAACACAACCCUUGGAUGUCUUAAAGACACGUAUGAUGAAUGCCAAACCCGGCGAGUUCAAUGGCCUCUGGGAUAUAGUUAAAUUCACAGCUCGCUUGGGUCCAUUAGGUUUCUUCAAGGGUUACAUACCAGCCUUUGUACGUUUGGGCCCACAUACCAUCAUAACAUUCGUGUUCCUGGAACAACUACGUUUGAAUUUUGGAGCUCUGCCACCAAGCAAACAGUAAAUCGUUAGAAUUAGCAACAGACGAUUUGGCUUUGCGAUUAAGACUCAAACUAAAACAAACAUAUUUUCUAAAUUCAGCAGGACAACAAACAAAUUUUUAUAGUUUUUCUUUUUAAUAUAA